CGAGUCUUCUACAGCUUGACAUAUACCAUCCUAUACCUCAUCACACUGGUGUUUCUGGCCAUCACUCCGGUGUCGAUGAUAUGGUCCACGAUCGACCAGCGGACCUUACAGUACACCUUCAUGAUUGGAGGCACAUCUGUGUUGACACUGAUCAUCGCCAUCUUCAUAUACAGCAGCCGGCUAUACACCAAUCGAUCUGUCCUUUCAGCCGUCGGCAAGCCUUAUGUCCCGAUCGAGGACGGAGAAGUGAGCAACAUGGUCCGCAGGAUGAUUGUCAAGCAAUUGAAAAGAAGUGCUGUGAUUGCAUGGGAAGGCAGGCCGAGGGAUCUCACGCGAGAGGAGUACACUGUGGGAUCGGUCAUUCGAGUCGAUCCACAGAACCCGCCAUGGGGCGACAUACAACAUGCUGGAUGGUCGUCUCCGAGCCACAACAGCAACAACAAGUACCCUGGGGUCCAAUUCGCCGAAGUCGUUGCAGAACUGCCGAAUCUGAUCGAAGCACGGGCUGUGUCUCUCGCGCCAUCUGACCCGAAUGUUACGCCUGUGCAUGGAGCCAUACAGCCUGCCGAUGCCGUCGUGGUGGAGUUACUGCAGCGGCCAGCGAAUAUGGCGAUGCGCGAGUAUCUCCUCCAGCUGUCGUACCUCGGCUUGAUACAGCCACCGCAGCUCGGUCAUAAAUUUCUAUCACUGUAUGAGAGUGCACGCUUUUCUGGCCAGCCAACCACGACCGAAGAGUUCAACGAUUUGAUGACUGCUUUCGCCGCUCUCCUCUCUGGAAUGGAGUCAUUGGAUAAACGUAUCGUCGAGGAGAUUCGGAUUCAGAAUGGUGACAAGAACAGCGACCAUGAUGACUAUCCUUC